GUUUUUAUCGCAUUUUAAUAUGUCCAAAGAAAGACCCAUUGGUCUUGUAGAGACGGAAAAUCCUGUCCAUGAUGUUUCUACUGAAGAAAGUGAUGAUAGUGAAGAAAUUUGCCUAAAUAUUCAGAAACAAAAGACUUUGCCUCAGAAGGAGGAAAAGUCUUUAGGUUCAAUUUUUAGGAUGAAAUUGUCCAGUGUCCUCAAAAGUACUUUUCCAGUGCCAAUUCCUGAAAAGCCAAAGCUUAAUAAGAAAAAGAAUACCCAGAAGCCUGGGUUUUUACAGAUUAAGAAAAGAGAGAUCAAGGAUGUAACAAAGAUGUUAGAGAGUUUCACCUCAAUCAUGGGAGGGAUCUCUGCUCCUCAUAAUGUUAGACACAUCAUGACGUUUAUCAGCAAAGCAGAUAAACCUGAAGAGAAGUAUGUCAUUGGAAUGAUGAUAAAUCUUACCAAUAGGAGAGAUGUAAUUGAGAUCCUGUCUGAGUACAACUCCUUAGAGAUUUUAUUCAACUGGUUCAAGGAAGAAGAGGAAGAUACUCCAGUCAAAAACUCUCUGUGCCAUUGCUUGAUUCGUCUGGUAAAAUAUGCCCGCUACAGAGACCUUCUGAAGAAGAUAGCUGAAUUUGUUGACAACUCCUCAAUGAAGCAGACUAAUCUUACUUGGACUUCUUUAUUUAAGAAACUAAAAAUCUAUACUCUAAAGCGGCAUGAUUUUCUGAAUCAAUCAGAUGUUAUUGACUUGAUUGAAUGAGAGGUCUAUAAACAGAAGGAACCAAAGACUAUAAUAAUGGAAGCUCUGGAAGUGAUCAAGGCUCAAAUGAUUAAAAAGAAUGUCUACAAUAAAAGUGCACUGUUAAACCAUAAAGCUGAUCAGAAAUCCAAAAGUGUUAGAUUUAAAAAUGAUGAAAAUCUCUCUACCACAACUAUCUUUGCUCAGAAUGAUGAGCCAAGUCUGGUCACUCUUGGAAUUCCUAUUGAUACCGAUGCCAGCUUGGUGCAUCCUAGUACGAAGGAAAUCCUCAGAGAGAUUAACAAACAAUGUCCUCUCGAGCAUAGAGAAACUUCAUUAGCAAAGAUAAUCUGCCAUAAGAUCAACAAUCAGAACACAGAGGCGAUUAAAGAGAUGAGGCUGAUCGAUCACAAGUUGACCAAGUUACCUCAGGAGUACCUUCCCAAAAAUUCCUGUGCCAUAAUCGGUAGGACAGAAAUCAAACCUCUCAAAGAGGUCAUUAAACUCAAGACUACAGAUUCCACAAAGGUAUUUCCAUUCACCAUCAAAAAGGGUAUUCUCUUGUCAGCAAUCCAUAAGGAGUCUGUUUCAUGCAAGAACGAGGCGAAUCUAUCAGAAGAGCUUUCUGAUUUUAAGAAUGGCUUUAUCAACUGGAGUCCUAAAAGUUUAGACGCUUUGUUUAAUGACAUUCUGAAGUACAGCUCUUCAGCAAUAAAGACUAUCCUAAACCCGAGCUCGAGGAAAUCACAGCUGAGUGAGCAAGAAUUUAUUGACAUCAAGACGACAAGACUGUUCCUUAUCUGUAAAAUAAAGAAAUACAUGCUGCUUGGAGCUACAAAAGCAAACAAUACUAUUAUUGAUAGCUUACUGGUGUCUGUUGCUAAUGAUUGCAAUACUGAAUAUACAAAGAAUAGUUUCAGGGUAUUCAAGAUUAUGCUAAACUACUGAAAGAAGAAUAACCUUAAUCCUGCUCUUCUGGAGAAGCUCUCAAAAGCCUUGAUAAAAGAGAUAUUGAACGGAUAUGGCUCAGAAGAUAUUCUCGAAAAGAUCGAAACUAAUGAGCUGAAGGAUCUUAUUCUUGCUUAAUUAUUCAAUAAAUUCCGUUUUUAA